AUGGCAAUAGAAGAAAAGGCAAAUAUUGACACACUAUUGAUUGCGGCGGAGGUACUUGAACGUGAUCUCGUCAAAGGUGUUCAUUUUCAAUCCAAAGAACAUUUGUUUCCACGAGAUUCUUUAAUUCAAAGUGCGCAAAGAAGAUUUUCUACAACGUGCUCACCACCAAUCGCUUCAAAUUUAAACUUCCAUUCGGCUUCCGGUUCGCCGUCUGCGUCUCCCUUGACGCCGUCCAGACGUCAUUGGCUCACCAGUGAUCUCAUUAUCUCCCGAACUGCUGUCCCCAACCGGUGCCUCAUUCCCUCGUCAAAUAUCUCUCUCACUGAUCUCACAUCCGUCCUCUCCAUCUCUUGCCCACGCAGCAGCAAUAAUAGCAACAACGGCAGUAACAGCGGUCGGGGCUCUCUUGUACCACCCCCAAACUCAGAGAGCCCAGCGACAUGGCAAGUGGAAGCAGCAAAUUCACCAACAAGAACACCAGUCUCUUGUACCUCCUCUACCGUGGCCACCCAGACCAUCACCUCCUCCUUUUUCUCCUCGAUGACCUCUGACACGGUCAACACGUUGCCCCUCCGUCAACUUCGCACCGCCUUGCUCAGCGAGCGCCUCGUUAGUGGAGGAAAAACACAGCGCGCCUUCAGCGAUGUGAACCCGCCAUGGCCACAGCUCGAUUUUGUUGCACGGAGCGCCGAUCUGGCAGGCCUCAUUUCCGAAUCGGUAGUGGCAAGUCCUGAAAAGACUACGCCCCGGCUGCCCGCAAAGAAGCGCAAGUUUGAUUGGGGCGAGCGAAGUAAUGGUGACUCCUCACCGGUCGCCCCUCCUCCACCAGCACCUCAGCUGCCUCCGCUACCGUCGCAAUCGCAGCCCGCCUCACUCAUUGUCGAUAAGCCCGCCCAGUUGAGUGUGGAAAACUCCUCUGCCACUACUGCUGCGUCGCUCUUUCAUUGUUCCGCCACCCAGCGUGGCGUUCCAAGACUGGAGACACAGGUAAAACAGCGAAAACUUUCCUACCCUGGCCUGUCUUUCACUUCCGACACUGCUGGAGGUCUCGCGUCUCUGUGUCCUCCCCCACCCAUCCCGGCUUUUUCCGCGCGUGUCGAUGUGCCAGCGCGACGUUCUUCGCUUGUGGUGGACGUCCGCAACAGCAGCAAUAGCAGCAGUACCUCGAUACCCACUUCCGCCUCCUCUUCCUCCCCAUCGAGCAUUACUGCCGCCACAUCCAACAGCACCAGUCGGAUGCGGUCACCGCCUAUACCACCACAGUCGAGUAGUCGGUGGAAGUGCAAGUUUCCUUCACCUCCAGCCCCGAACGUGUCCACCACCGUACCUCCGCCCCAGCGCUAUCCUACACACCAUUCAGAGGCGGGUCGACGGUACUCGGUAUUUGGGGCGCCUGCGGGCCCCACCCCUGCAAGGCGACACUCCUCUGUGCUCUCCUCUAUCUUCCCUACCAUAUCUCCUUCCACCGUCACCUCUUUCAACGCUCCAACACCCCUUCACUACCAGCGCCAGCAACAACAACCAAAUCAACAACCCCCUCCCUUCUACGAACUUAAGCCCUUCAGUCGUCCAUCGAUUCAUGCAAAGAGCAUGCAGACGGAAGAGGGCACCGGGUCUUACGGUCCCACCACAGUUGGCACAGGAACGCGUCCUCUCUCGGCCCCCGAGGAACCCGUACAUCCAACUCGGUCGUCACCCCUUAAAGUGGAGUGGCCCUCGCCUCAAUCUGCCGCCUCGCCCCUUCUCCCCCCGCCCACUGAAAUACCGACAACUGCCUCAAAGGAGCGUCAGCGGAGGGUAAGUCACGUGCCGGUGCUCGGGGCGAUUCUCUCCUCGUCUUCCUCCGCUGCAAAUCCCGAGACCGCCUACAAUCGAUCGCCGAUUUAUAACCUUGGUGAUCGGAAACACUCUUUUGAUUCCCUCUUACCGAUCACCAAGACGCGCAACCAUGGUGGUGCAGUCCUCCUCACUGGCGACGUCUGUUGUCCACCCACUGAGAAGUCCUUCGAUGGCGGCUUUCCUCUCCUUCUUGUCUCUGCACCCACUUCUGCCUCCGCUGCCGAGUUCGCCGCCGCUACGGCCGUCGCCUCCGGUAAACCCGCCUCCUCGCUCAUCCCUUUGCCGGUACAAAUUGUACCUGGUGCUGCAGCUGGCUCUACAGCCUCUACCUCCUCCACCGCUGGUGGUGAUACGGGAGUGACUCUUGUCUCCAAGAUCACCACCGAGGCAGACCAAAGGCUCGUCUUUCCCCUCGUGCUCGCCCCCGCGCCCGAUGGACAGAUGAGUGGCUGCACUCUUGGCUUUCCCCUCCUCGUUUCAAGUCGUCCGCGCCAUUGCCCUUCACCUACAUCCUGA